UGUCUUUUUACAAUUUUAUCAAAACAAACUGAAGGUGACUCAAACUAUUUAUUUUAAACUGACGCCUUCAAUGAAAUAUUAUUAUUGUUCGAUGAAUACGAUCCACAGAUUAGCAGAGGUCAAGAUCCACAUUGGAAAAGUCAACAACCGGGGGUCAGAACACCUCAUUGAUGGAAAAGCCUUUGGUGCGGAGGCCACUAGAUCAGAAAAAGAAGCAAACAGCGCUUUCACAAUUUUGACAAAUGUUGCAAAAAGGAUACCCUGGCAAGGAAAUGCUGUUAGAGUACCGAAUUUCAACCUGGCGGCUUUAGUCCCAGAGACGAACUACUAUGUGACUUACGAGGGUUCCUUUACACAGCCGGCGUGUCUUGAGACAGUCACCUGGCUUAUUCUGAACAGGCCUAUUUUAAUACAAGCGUCACAACUAGACACGCUGAGACAGCUACAGAAGGAGCAGGCAGACACACGCAUGAAGAUGUCGAACGGGAACUCACGACCAGUGAGUCCGCUCUACAAUCGCGCAGUCAGGACCAACAUCAACUUUCCUACGACGGGAGGCCUAUGCAAUAUGAAACGGAUUUUUUAUUACGAAGUGAAUGACGUUGUGAGAUGAUGACCAUCGUCUGUCUGACUGGUCGAGGGCACAGACAAUCAAUGUCUACUGUACUGACGACAUUGCUUCUGCUGUCACGAUGGAAUGGAAGGGGGGGGGGAGCGGGGGAGUGAAAAAAGGGGAAAAGGGUGGAAAGGGGUGAGGGGUGAGGAAUGAUGAUGUACUUGCUUUUGUGCUGCACUGAUUCAAGUGCUUGUGAGUGUAUUAUGAUAGAAAGAAGGGAGGCAAUUAGAGAGAAAGAUAGUGAGAAAGAGAGAAAGAGAAAGCUGGUGAAGGGAGAUAUAGUCA